GCUAAUUCUCCAGAGUUUGCAUUCAUUCAAAGCAAUGGUUUUGGUCGUGUAGAUUGUGUUAAUUUUAAAUAAAUAUAAAAUAAUAGCAUUAAGUUCUACAGGAAAAAUAAUUGUGGUUAAGAAAAUGAUUUCUAUGUAACAUAUAACACAUGUUUUUACAUACAUUUUCUGAACAAUGAGAAACACAGUGGUCGCUAAAGUGAUUUGUAUCCUACUACCGAGUGUCCUACUAUUGUGUGUUUUCGUAUCGAGCGUGUUGAACACGAUCGUGUACAAGACAAUUAAAAACAACAAGUGCAAACACAUUAGAAGUCUCGACGGCAUAUUUUCUAAUGUUUCCUUAUCUGGGAUCCACCCAAACAUGAUCGGGGGCUUGAUCGCCAAUGAGAGUAUAAUCGCUACUACCGUUUCAUACAAUACAAGUUUAGUUAUAUAUUGUAAGGAAUCUCCAUUUGUUGUAUGCAAUUCAAAGAAUGGAAACAAUGACAGAAAUAUGAUUGGUGCUAACAAAACAUUCAACAUUGCUUUGUUUUACCACCAGUCUUGGUUUUUCUCGAAAAAGGCUUUUAAUUUUUCAUUGUGCGGGUUCAGUAACUGUAUCUUUAAUGAUGUAGUGACUGAAAAAACCGACGUUGUGGCUAUUUAUAGCAUUCUUCUAUACGGCGGUCGUGUGAUUAAGGAGAUACCAGCAAGAUGGCCGCACCAGAUGUACGUCAUGAUGGGCUGGGAGUCUCCAUUUCUUUUUCACGGUUUUAUGGAAGAGGAAGGAUCACCUUGGGAGACGGCCUACAACUUAUCUAUGACGUACAGGGUGGACUCUGACGUCUUCACACCGUACUCAAAACUGACCUUUCAGCCACAACCCUUAGCUGACCGCCCUAAUUACCGGGAGAUAGCGAGGAAUAAAACAAGAUCAGUGAUGUGGCUGUGUGGUCAUUGUCUAGUGGAGUCAAAGAGAUACGAAUACAUCAAGGAAAUGAGGAAAUACAUCGAUGUUGACGUCAGGGGUGGCUGUGGGAAAUCUUGUGACGAAAAACCACCUUGUAUAGAGUCACUGACUCCCACCUAUAAAUUCUACCUGUCGUUUGAGAACUCUCUCUGUCAAGAUUACGUCACGGAGAAAUUUUUCAAACUUUUUAACAAAGACAUCCACGUUGUCCCAGUUGUGAGAGGAAAAAUCGAUUACGAGAAAUAUUUUCCGGAGAACACUUUCAUUAACGCGGCCAAUUUUAGAACGGCCAAAGAUUUGGCUUUAUUUCUGUUAAAACUGGGCUCAGAUAUUGAGAGUUACAGCAAGUAUUUAGAACACAUAGAUCUCUAUAGAGAAACAGACGACUAUCUAAAGACGGCAGGGUGUACUUUAUGUAAAGCUCUAAACACAAAGAAAAUAGAGCCUAAAAUUUACAACAUAAAAGAGUGGUUUGUCAAGGGAAGUCAAUGCGAUCAAAAUCCUCAGGAUAUAAUUUAGUCUUUUGAUAUGUUGUGAAAUAAUAUAAAAAUCGCACUUAUAGAGAAAAUCCAUUUUCACUCUCAGUAAUUAUGUUCAUAUUUGUAUGUUGCAAAUAAAACAACACUCAUCGAGAUUCCACUUAUACUCAAUGCUAUUCUA